AUGGAGAAACUGAAACAUCUCCGGCAGAAUAAAGAUCUCCUUAUAACGAGACACGAUAAGGGGAUUGGCGUUUUUCUAAUGUACAGAACACAUUACAAUGCGAAAAUGCAAUUCAUUCUAUCAGAAAAAGAAAUUAUUAACAAGACAAAUAAUGACAAAGGGCGUCUUUGUCCCGUUGGCACGCACAUACAUCGGCUGUACAGUUUACCAAAGAUUCAAAAAGAUGGCGUACUCGUUUGUCGCAUCCUCCAUAUGAAAAAUGUGUCUAACCAUGGGAUAACGAGAUGGCUAGCGGACAAUCUUAAACCCAUAAAGAGUCAAACUGUUUCACACAUCAGUCACAAAAACAGUAAAUUACAUUGUGAAUUGAUCACCUCGAAUCAUAUGGGAGUGCUGAUAAAUACAUUCAGUGAAAUUCUAGUAAAAUAUACAUGCAGUACACUGUAUCUACACUUCCUAUUUUACAGCAUGUACAGGCACUUCGGCGUAGUGGCUAUGGAUUCGCCCUUGGGCCCGCUUCUAGCAAAUAUAUUCAGAGGCAAACUAGAAGCUGCACAACUA